AUGAUCAACUUUCAAGAGUAUAAAAGACUUGGAACUAUUUGUGUUGAUGAACUUGAUAAAGCCUGGUACAACCAGGCGAAAGCACUUGUUUUGAGCUUGUCUUUUUGUCCAAAUAAAGGAUUUAUCGUACUAACUGGGUUGCUUAUUGAAGAUUGCAUCUGCUUUUUCUAUUGUUCCAGUUGGGAUUUACUUCUGCUAUGUGUGACAUUACAGUUAAAAGCUGUGCAACGCUGGUAUUUGCUUGUGGAGUUUUCCAGUAACAUUACCAACCAUAAUAACAGUAAUAGUAGUUCUCAACAGAACAGUUCUAAUAACAUUACAUCAAAUUCAAAUAACCAGCAGGGUUUUCCGAGGAGCCGGAAUGAUCAACAAAGGAAUAUGAGAUUGAACAGGAAUCAAGUGAAUACGAGGAACAGGCGGAAUCAGCGGAGGAGAUGA